CCAUUUAUGCUUCUAUUGUAGAAAAAAAAAAGAGGAAAAUUGAUCCACUAUUUCACGUCAGCGACACCCUGACGGCUGCUAGCAUUAGGCUGGCAUUAAUCACUCCAAAUGCGCAGCUAAAACACUUUAGACGGAGUAAGUGGCUAAGUACACGGCUCUGAAAGCAAGACAAACGUCAAGAGUGAAUGCACAUGUUUCAGAGUUUGCACACAGAGGAAACUGGAGUCAGCUUGGCAGUAUCCUAGCAACAGCCAACAAGAAGUAAAAACUGCACAAUGGUGGAGAGAGAGGGGGAAAGAGGGGGGUGGUAAGGUUGGUGGUAAAAGUGAAGAGGGUGAGCGAUGUGGUGAAGAAGAGCGGAGGAUCUCUGCAGCACCGUGACAGGACGACAGAUAUUGAGAACAAAGUCUACCAUCCUUUCAAGAUGUUUGUGGGAACCCUUCUCGAUAGCAGUUCAACCUGUCCUGUCCAAGCAAAUGAUCCCAAAAGUCCAGAUUCUCAGUCAGAUGGUCCUUCAUCUUCUUCUCCACAUCAUUCGCUUCCCUGCUGGGCAACCCAGGUUCAGAGCGACCUCGCCCUGGCCAGGGAGGAGUUACGCCAGAUUGAGCUACGUCAUGCAACUGAGAUUGAGAUGGUUAAGCGGGGCGUACAACGGGCGAUCCUCGGCGCAUGUAGAGAAGAGAAGCGUCUGCUGGAGAGGGUGGAGCAGGACCAUCGGGACACUCAGCAACGUUUGGAACAAGUUGAGAGGGAGAACAUGGCAGCCGCCAGGGUGAGUCAGUCUCUGUUGGAGCAAAGAAUUGAGAAGUUGGCUUGUCUUCAACGACAACUCCAGACAAUGGAUCAGUCUGUCCUAUCUGAAAAGGGACCAAACAAAAACCCUUUACUAGAGGAGAUUUCAGAGUUCCUGCAGCCCUGGGAGAUCUCUGUUUCUCUUAAGAAAGUAAACUUCAAACCAAGCUCCCAGCCUAAUGCAGUAACUUUUGGAGACAUUCGAGUGGAAGAGCAACAUCUGUGUCUGAAUGUUGGAGGCUGUGGGCCAAAUGGAAAGCUUUGUGCGUUACAUUCACAGGAGAUGCGUUGUGAAGACAUAAACCAACAAAGUUCUAAAAGGGCAAAAAGCGGAGAAGGACAGGGUUGGACAUCACCGACAGGCAGAACGGUCAAAAGGAUCAACCUCUUAAACAGUGGUGAUGUAGAGUCAGAGGAAGAGCAGAAGCUUUCGUCUGCAAAGAUACACCAUUGGCUGCCUAAAUGUGAACAGUUUGACUGGGAAGCAUCCCAAGUUGAUGAGCUGGAUAAAAGUUGCUUUGAGCAACAAGGGGAGAACUUAUUUUUGGCUGUCCCUUCUGCUAAAAAUAAGGAUAUUAAAGCAAAGGACAUGGUGACUGACCCUCAGGGGAAUGUCCUUCAGCAAGUAAGUUCCCCAAACAUCAGUGGCUCCUCCAGAAGAUGCCGUAACUACUUUGACAUUGCUGUCAAUGCCAAGGGUCUAAUCGCCUUAAGUUGUGCUGCGGAAAGAGCUUUGCUUGUGUUCAGUCGACAUGGCCGCCUGCUCCAGACUUAUGGAGGAUCUACGUUGGGCUCUGCAAAGGAUGAGCUAGAAGCUCCCAGAGGGGUGGCUGUGACUAGACUAGAUGAAUUCCUGGUAGCUGAUAUCAGAAAAGGUACCCUCAUCGCCCUGAAGCUUGACCCUAAAACAGGCUCCAGGCUUGAACGCACAGUGGUGACCGGAUUCCACAGGCCUUACUUGGUGGCAACCUGCUUGAGUUCGGGCAUGGUGGCAGUGUCCGAAAGGGGCAAUGAAACAGGACGAGUGCCUUGCAUCAAAGUUCUGGAGCCAAGCUGGAACACAGUGAGAGUUCUUGGUGUAUGUGCUGGCAUGGGACCAGUCCUCACAUGUCCCUGGGGCAUAUGCAUAGAUAAAGACAGCAAUAUCUUAGUGGCAGACUGGGGAGAGCAGCACAGAAUUGUGUUGUACCCUGCUCAAGGCGUGGGCUGGCCCAUCGUACACCAGGGAUUGAGCAGCCCCCGUGGCCUGACCUUAUUACCAGACGGGCAACUAGCCGUGUCCGACAGCAUGCACCAUUGCAUUAAGAUUUACAGUUAUAAAGGGUGA